AGGGAGGGGAACUUCCUUUUCCGCCGCGGCGCCAUCGCAGCCGCCGUGUCGCUGAGCCGCGGGAUCCGCGUCCAUCCGCCGGGAACGGCCGCGUUGGGAACGGCCGGAGCGCAGCGCUGAGAUGGGCAAGUUUAUGAAGCCGGGGAAGGUGGUGCUGGUGCUCGCCGGGCGCUACUCGGGGCGUAAGGCCGUCAUCGUGAAGAACAUCGAUGACGGCACCUCUGACCGGCCCUACAGCCACGCCUUGGUGGCAGGAAUCGACCGGUACCCGCGGAAGGUGACGGCAGCGAUGGGCAAGAAGAAGAUCGCCAAGAGGUCUAAGAUCAAAUCCUUCGUGAAGGUUUACAACUACAACCACCUGAUGCCCACCCGGUAUUCUGUUGAUAUUCCUUUGGACAAAACUGUUGUCAAUAAGGAUGUGUUCAGGGACCCUGCUCUGAAACGCAAAGCAAGACGUGAAGCUAAGGUGAAGUUUGAGGAGAGGUACAAGACGGGCAAGAAUAAGUGGUUCUUCCAGAAGCUGCGAUUCUAAAUUUGAAAUAGGACUGUUUCAAUAAAUGUUUAUUAAAAACCA